UCAUGGGUAAAGGGGUUUGCGUUGCACGAAAUGAGUGUUUGCGUUGCAGCGUUGAUUCGAUGAGGGAAUUUCGGGAAGACAUUGUGGGUGAAAAAGAUCUCCGUCGCUGACUGAACCCAGGCGAAGCGGGUGGCGAGCGGCCGCGGCCCGCCGGCGGGCGCACCAGUGCCCCGUCGCCAUGGAUACGCCGAGCGGCGAGCCCGGCUCGGGCGCGUGCGAAGUGCACGUGCGUCUGUGCACCAGCCGCGAGCCGCUGGUGCUGAGCGUGGCGGCCGACGAGACGGCCGAGCAGCUGUGCGUGCGAGCCGUGCGCCGCUGCCAGGUGGGGCCGGUGGCGCGGCAUCUCUUCAGCCUCUGCGACGACGAGACCCGCCUCUUCGUGGCCGGGAACCGACGCGUCGGCGGCGCCGUCAAGCGCUACACGCUUCUGCUGCGGUACAAGGUGCCGAGCGCCAGCCGACUGCGGGCGAUGGACGAGCGCGCUUUCGACUACUUCUUCCACCAGGUGCGUGAAGCGUUUGUGCUCGGCACGUUCGCCAACAUCCUCAAGCAGAAAGAGGACGCCCUGGGCCUGGCCGUGACGGACAUGUACCGCAAGAUGCUGGAGAUGAGCGCGCGCCGUGAGGACGUGGAGAAGGACUACAAGUCAUUCAUCCCCAAGGACCUGGUGAAGAUGCACUCGUUCUUUCUCAAGUCGCCCAUUCGCAAGCACCUGAUUAAGCUGGAGAAGCUGGAGAUCGACGACGUGAUGUUCAUCAAGGAGAAGUACGUGCAGAAGGCGCUGGAGAUGUGCCCAACGUACGGCGACGAGAUCUACACGGUGCAACGCGACGAGGCGGGCGUGGUGUGUAACUGGCGGCUGAUCGUGGACCCGUAUCACCCCACGCAGCCUGGGCUCCGCAUGAAGGUGGACGGCAGCGAGAAUUGUAUUCAUAUAUGCACGAUCAGUGACAUCUGCUACAUAUCUCUGCGGAACGACAACAGGGUAGAGCUGGCCAGAAAGAACGGCGUGCCGCAGUACUUCCGCUUCUGUUCUGAGGAUGAAACCACUUCAUUCGUCAGCCUGCUCGAGUCCUACUACCGGCUGAUGGAGAAGUGGACAUUCUGCCUCAGCAAGGACCUGCAGCUGCCGUCACAGCUGCGCCUCAAGCAGAUGCGCUGUCACGGACCAGUCGGGCCGGAGUUCGCGCACCGCAAGCUGCGCGAGAAGCGGGACAACGAGCCGGGCACGUACCUGUUGCGCCAGGACGACCAGCUAUACGACGUCAUCCUGGUGGACGUCUGUCAGCCGCACUGUGUGGUGCCGCUGACUCUGGCCAUCGAAGAGACGAGCACUGGCACGUUCCGCUGCCGGGGCGAGGAGGAGCAGCACGACUCGGUGCAGAACCUGCUCGCCCAGUUCUCAGUGGACCACUUGCUCCAAUUCAAGGAGUGUCUGCCGCCUUCGGAGCACGAUGAGAGCCCUCUGCGGCUUUGUCGGGACCCGGCCACCGACAUGGAGUCUGCCAAGCUGAAGAGCAAGCAGAUGAUGGUCAACGACCAGCCGCUCUGCAUCCCCGCACACGCGCUCAAGCUGUACACCGGUCGCGCGGCCGAGGUGUACGGCCGGUACACGGUGGUGCAGCGCGCUCAGUGGCACACGAGCGCGGGCACCAGCCGCCAGGUGGCCGUCAAGCGACUCAAACAGCACCUGACCAAGGAGCGGCUGCAGGAGUUCAUCGACUCCGUGAGCGUGGCGCUGCAGUGGACGUGCGACGCGGUGGUGCAGUUCCGCGGCGUGUGCCUGACGCAGGCCGUGUCUCUCGUCAUGGACUGGUACCCGCUCGGUCCGCUCGACCUCUACCUGGCCGAGAACAGGCAGCUCAUGAUGGAGGUGGAUCUUGUGGAGGCUGGCACGUAUCUGGCCAAGGCUCUCUGGUACCUGGACGAGCAGGGGGUGACCCACGGCAACUUGCGCUGUCGCAACGUGCUCGUCUCGUCGCGCGCCGAGAACAAGUUCCACGUGCGGCUGGCGGACCCCGGCCUGCGUGUCUACUCGCAGAACGACAUCCACUGGAUCCCGGCGGAGUUUUUCGACCAGCUGCAGUCGGCGGCGUACUCGGGCGCGGCCGACGUCUGGGCGUACGGCACCACCCUCUGGGAGAUAUUCUCGUACGGCCAGAAGCCGCUGGACGGCGAGGAUCUGGAGAUGGCCAAGCAGCUGUACCAGCGGGGCGGCCGUCUGCCGCCGCCGGCCGGCUGCCACCGCGACAUCUACCGGCUGAUGUGCGACUGCUGGCAGCAGCAGCCGCACAACUGUAAGACGCCACAGGCCAUCAUGCGUGACAUCAACCAGAUCCUGUACGAAGUGUUUAAUGCCCGCCAGGUGCACACGUACGCCACGCUUUCCAACAGCGGGUCGGGCGGCAGCGGCACGGCGCAGCUGGACAGCACGGUCACCACGCUCGGCACCGACACCACCGUCGCGGUCACCGAGUCUGCCUCGCCCUCGAUGAUCGACCUGUUGUCGGAGCCGUUCUCGGGCGGCGCCGAGCUCGGCCGCGUCAUGUCACCGCAGCGGGCCGAACCGGAGCCGCGCACCCGAGACCGGCUGGUCAGCAUCGGCCGCCACAAGCUGCUGAUCCCGGGUGUCAGCUCCAGCCUGGGCGACCCGGCCGAGCCGGUCACGCCGAUCUCGCCGCUGGACAUGUUCGAGGAGGCGUGUCCCAGCUUCCCCCGCGUGCUGCAGCUCAAUCAGGCGCAGGUGCAGCUGGGAGACACACUCGGCGUGGGUUUCUACGGUGAGGUGUACAAGGCCGUGCUGACGCACCAGGACGGCGCGUGGGAAACUGUGGCGGCCAAGCGGCUGAAGCGGCGCGCCAUCAGCACGGCCGGCCUGCAGGACCUGCAGCGCGAGAUCGCCAUACUCAAGGAGCUGGACCACGAGAAUGUGGUGAAGCUGCGUGGCAUCGUGGACGAGCCGGAGCUGAUGCUGGUGAUGGAGUACCUGCCGCUGGGCGCGCUGCUCUCCUACCUGAAGAUGUACGCCGACAAGCUCAGCACGCACCGGCUGCUCAAGUUCGCGCUGGACGUGGCCAAGGGCAUGGAGUACCUGGGUGAGAAGAAGAUCGUGCACCGCGACCUGGCCGCGCGCAACAUUCUGGUGGCGUCCGAGACCCAGGUCAAGAUAUCGGACUUCGGCCUGGCACAGGUCACCGGCUCCAACACGUACUACUAUCUGAAGACCAACCGCGAGCUGCCGUUCCGCUGGUACGCUCCGGAGAGCAUCCGGUACGGCAAGUUCUCCUCCCUGUCGGACGUCUGGUCUUACGGCAUCACGCUCUACGAGAUGUUCUCGGGCGGCGAGGAUCCCCGCAUCCCCAACUGCGAUGACCAAAAGCUGCUGGAGACGCUGGACCGUGGCGUGCGGCUCUGCUGUCCGCCCAGGUGCCCGGUGGGGAUCUACACAACGCUGAUGUGGCCUUGCUGGGACGAGCAGUCGCACAUGCGGCCCUGCUUCACACACCUGGUGCAGGAGGUCGGCUCGCUCAUGAAGGAGUACUAGCCGCCGACCGGACUUGGGGCCGCUGCGAACCGGUUCGAGACGGGAGCACACCCCGGGCAGUGAAGCGCUCAGCGGCGACGUGUGCCCGCCUGCGGCGGUUCCCCGUCGGGGUGCGCCGGCCCUGCCGCGCUCUCACUCGAGGCCGCUUCCGCCGACUUGCCUGCACCGCCCGUCCGCGAUGCCGCCGGGUCCAUUGCGCUCGGGCUGUCACUGUCGCGCGGCGUGCAGGCCUGGCUCAUGUGUCACCUGGGAUGUUGCGCGUUUUGCGACGUAGGCCGUCGCGUUUUGUCUUGUGGACGGCGUUCACCUCGAGCGGCGUGACUAGAAGCUUUAUUGAGAGCUUUAUGCAAAGCCUUCGGCCUUUACAUUCGGGUGCGGUGUGGGUGGGGGCAGGUGACACGCGCUGUGCCUCUAUUAAGGAGUAUGCGGUGGUGUAUUCACUGUCGCGUAUGGCCGAUGUGAGCGUGAGGCGUCCCUCCUCACCUGGUCGACACGGCGCGUGCUGUGAUACCGUCGGCGGCCGAGCCCCGCCGGCGCCGCGCGCUACGGUGAGCGUCCGGCGCUUGCUUCGGACGCGGCGUGGCAGCCGUCGCCGGGCGCCCAGAGACCUUGGUCGCUUCGGGGGCAGGCUCGGCUUGGUCUUGCUCCCCUUGGCCGUGCCGCUUCGUCGCCCGCUCUGGUGUGUCCUGUGACACGUCGCAAGGACACACCCGUGUUGUCUCUGUGACUUCGAUGUCUUGGCGUACUUGGUGAUCCGAGUGGCUUGGGGCGCUUCAUUUUUGGUAUUCUCUGGCCGUUGAAGUUGUUCGAAAGGCCCAUCCAUUCAGGACGAAUUCUUGCGGACGGUGCCAUGUUUGAAGCCAGCGCCCAUUGCAUUGUAUUCAUUUGCCCGCUGAGCACAGUGCGAUUUAUCGUCGAUGUAGCUCGUGUCUUCAUAGUCACCCCGUUGAUUGCGAUUAUGUUCCCGUUGGAAAUCUCGUCGCGCCGUUUUGCGGGCGCCGCCGUGUGGCGCGUCGUGACCGCCACACACGCGGUGCACGAGCUCACGUGCACGCGCCUGCUGGCGCUGGCCGUGCUGGCCACGAUGCUGGGCUGGUGCUCUGGCGUGUGCUGUCUGUGCGGGACGCGUCGCGCUCGCCGCUGACCUGAUCCGCCGUUCAGAGCCGCUCUUGGCUGAGCCGGGACAGUCUGCCGUCUCAUGGCAUGGUUUAGUCGUUCCCAUAUCUUUGUCAUGUGCGAAAUUAAGGGGCAUUUCUGCCAACGGGCGUUUUAGAAGCACGUUGCUCGUGAUCAGAUAAUCAACGAGCGAUUUGGACAUUGGAGGCCAUGCGUGGAAAGUUGCGACACUUCCGCGUGGUUUUGACGUCAAAUAUUGAAGCUUUGUGUUUUCAUCGUUUGUAUUUUGUGCAUGUAAUUGCUUGUCGAUUGGCUGCAAUGUCGGGGGAUGCGUCUUCGAGUUUGUGCGAAUAAAUAAACAGCUAUU